GUAAAAUGAGUGGUGCCAGAUGAAGGUGAUUAAAUAUCGGGAAAUGAUGAGACAUAUUUUCAAGUUCAACUUACUCUUUUCUCAUCUCAUUUCAAAACAAUACAACAACAUGAGCAACACAAACAUGCUUCAUCAUCACGAGAUCAAAUUCUAUCAUAACGAAACAGUAAUUAUGAAGGUGAUAGAGCAGACUCAAAUUUCACCACCACCAAGUUCACUUCCAUCACCAACGAGAAUCCCUCUCACUUUCUUUGACAUUUCUUGGUUUUACUGCAAACCCCCCCUUAAACGCAUCUUCUUCUACCACUUUCCUCACCCAACUCAUCACUUCCUCCAAACAACACUUCCUAUUCUCAAACACUCACUUUCCUUAACCCUUCAACACUUCUUUCCCUUCACCUCCAACCUCAUCAUCCCUCCAAAUUCCCAUAACACUCCUCCUUUCAUACGUUACCUUGAUGAAGACUCUAUCUCCUUCACCAUAGCUGAAUCCUCAGCAGACUUCAACAUCCUCAUAUCUGAUUCACAAGAUGCUCAAAAUUGGCACCCUCUUGUUCCAAAUUUACCUCCACCUCGUACUGAACAAAAUGGUACAUGUAUUGUUCCUCUCAUGGCCAUUCAAAUCACCAUUCUACCUAACUCUGGCUUCUCUAUAUGUCUCGCGUUUAAACACGUUGUUGCAGACGGAAAAUCACUUCAUCAUUUCAUGAAAUUUUGGGCAUUUGUUUCCAAAGCUAUAACAAACAACAACGAGUUGUCUCUUGAAUACUCUCCGCCUCUUGAUCUUCCUUCCCAUGAAAGAGAUAGAGUACUUAAACACCCAACGGCUCCUAAACUCAACUACUUUCAAGAAAUACAAUAUUUUGUAUUGGAAAUCAUGAAAUCCACAAGUCUAGUUCGAGAUGCAGCUUAUGCUAACAAAGUACGAACUAGUUUAGUAUUGAGUCGUGAAGAAGUUCAGAAAAUGAAGGGAUGGAUCAUUGAUAAAUGUAAAGACUCAACACCACACAUGUCAACUUUUGUUGUAACAUGUUCCUUGAUUUGGUUUUGUAUGGUCAAAUCAGAACAAAGUAAAAGUGAUCUAGUGUACUUCAUGUUUUUUGCAGAUUGUCGUGAUCGUCGUGAAUUUUCAUUAUCGAAAACUUAUUUUGGAAACUGUCUUGCUUCUUAUACUGUAGUUGUAAAUAGGGGUGAGUUAGUUGGAAAAGAUGGUAUUCUUGUGGCGGCAAAUGCUAUUGAACGGAAGAUAAGAGAUUUCAAGAGUGAUGCCUUGUUGGGAGUUGAAACGUUGAUGCCUGAUUAUAGGGAAAUAAUAAAACCAGGUAACUCUGUUAAAAUGGUUUCUGGGUCGCCUAAACUUGAUGUUUAUGAGACUGAUUUUGGGUGGGGAAAACCAAAGAAAUCCGAUGUAGUGCAUAUUGAUUCGUCCAGUUCGAUUUCUCUUUCUGAUUGUAGAGAUGGUCGAGGUGGAAUUGAGGUUGGUUUGGCUCUUGAGAGGUCUCAAAUGACUAAUUUCAUCAGUAUCUAUAAUGAACAACUUGGUGAUAUUUGUAGCAUGUGAAUGAAAAAAACUCAUACUAUCCUCUCCAGCUGCUACAUGGUGCAACUCUACCAUAGAACUAUAAGAUUAAGAGAGAGAACUCUAAAUCAUUAUCACAUUGUGAAUAAAAGAAACUUAAACUUCCAUGGUCUCCUUAACGUAAUUUUUAGUAACAAUUUCGUUAGUUGUAUUUUUUUAAUGUCAUUUCCGUUCUUUUGAUCAAUUUACAUAAAUCAUGGUAUCCUUUAUGUUGCAUGGAUAGACCAGAUAAAAAAUUUCUUGUAACGAUUUUGUGUGGCGUUGAAUGUCUAAUAAUACUAUAAAUAAUGGCUUCAUAA